AUGCCGGAUAAAAUACUAUGUGGGCUUGGAAAUCCGCUUCUGGAUAUCCAAGCGUCAGUUGCUCCGGGGUACCUGAAGAAGUACAACCUCGAAUCGAACAACCAAAUCUUGGCUGACGAAUCGCACGUUCCGAUGUACGCAGAACUUGUCGACUGGUUUCCAGUAAGCUACCUGCCAGGUGGUGCCACCAUGAACACUAUUCGUGUCGCUAAGUGGAUGAUGAAAGGCUUGGGCCGAGCUCUUUACUCCGGCGCCAUUGGCAAAGAUAGUUUUGCAGAAACACUCAAGGAGCAGGUUGCUCUUGCCGGAGUGGAAGCUCACUUUCACGAACAGGUGGAGCAGCCAACGGGAACCUGUGCCUGUCUCAUUUCUGGCAACUCUGGCCACAGGAGUCUCGUCGCCAAUAUAGCCGCGGCGAACACAUACCCAGAGAGCUACUUAUCUGGUCCUGCCUGGGACUCAAUUUCGCAGUCGGACGUGUUCUAUUCUGCUGGAUUUUUCCUCACGCCUCCAGAAGGAACGAAGUGCAUGGAGAAGGUCGGCAAGUUUGCUUCUGAGAACGGCAAGCUGUUUUGCAUGAAUCUGUCCGCUCCAUUUCUCUGCCAGUUCUUCAAAGACCAGAUGCUGAAGAUCAUGCCCUACUGCGAUUUCGUUUUUGGCAACGAAACCGAGGCUGCUGCUUUUGCAGAAAACAACGACAUCGAAGACAAGUCGAUAGAAAACAUCGCUCGACGUAUCGCAGCACUGCCCAAGAUCAACUCGAAUCCGAGGACAGUCGUCAUUACGCAGGGCGCUGAUCAAACAGUCGUUGUCAAGGGCGGUGACGUCAAAACUUUCCCCGUCACCAAAGUUGACAGCCUCGUCGAUACCAAUGGCGCUGGCGAUGCUUUCGUCGCUGGAUUUCUAUCACAGCUCGUCAACGAGAAAAGUAUAGAAGACUGCGUGGAAGCUGGCCACUACGCCGCCGGUGUCAUCAUUCAACACAACGGAUGUACCUUCCCAGAAACGUGUCACUUCAAAGCCAAUUAG